UUGGAGCUGCAGGACACUUGUCGAAGAUAAAAUGCGCACUCCAACCACAACCUCACAAAAUUCUCCCCACUCUCUCUGCUAACCUGCGCCGAUUUCUCCAUCUUUCUCUCUAAUGGCGACUUCUCUGCAACUAUGUCGUUUCUGUAUCCGCACCGGUUCCGAUAAUUUUGGCGGAAGACCCGGAGCGCUCCCUCUCCGGAAGCCUCUCACUGUUAGAUGCUCCGGCGAUUCUACUUCUUCUUCUUCCAUAUCUGUGGAUCCCGGUAACUUCGAUGCCAAGGCUUUUCGACAUAACUUGACGAGGAGCAAGAAUUAUAAUCGGAAAGGAUUCGGCCACAAAGAAGAGACUCUCGAGCUCAUGAAUCGAGAGUACACUAGUGAUAUUAUUAAGAAAUUGAAGGAAAAUGGAAACGAGUAUACAUGGGGAAACGUUACUGUGAAAUUGGCAGAAGCAUAUGGUUUUUGCUGGGGGGUCGAGAGAGCUGUCCAGAUUGCUUAUGAAGCGAGAAAACAGUUUCCAACCGAGAAAAUUUGGAUUACCAAUGAAAUUAUCCACAAUCCAACUGUUAAUAAGCGGUUGGAGGAGAUGGAAGUUGAAAACAUUCCUAUUGAGGAAGGGAAGAAACAGUUUGAUGCAGUGAAUAAGGGUGAUGUUGUGGUUUUGCCUGCUUUUGGAGCUGCAGUAGAUGAGAUGUUGGUUUUGAAUGAAAAAAGUGUGCAAAUUGUUGAUACAACUUGUCCUUGGGUUAGUAAGGUAUGGAACACUGUAGAGAAGCACAAGAAAGGAGACUACACUUCGAUAAUUCAUGGUAAAUAUGCUCAUGAGGAGACAGUAGCAACUGCUUCUUUUGCCGGAACAUAUAUCAUUGUGAAGAAUAUGACUGAGGCAAUGUAUGUUUGUGAUUACAUUCUUGGAGGUAAACUUGAUGGAUCUAGCUCAACCAAAGAGGCAUUUUUGGAGAAAUUUAAUUAUGCAACUUCAAAGGGAUUCGAUCCAGAUCGCGACUUAGUGAAACUUGGCAUUGCAAAUCAAACUACAAUGCUGAAGGGAGAGACAGAGGAAAUUGGAAAAUUAGUAGAAAAGACAAUGAUGCAAAAAUAUGGAGUGGAAAAUGUCAAUGAUCACUUCCUAAGCUUUAAUACAAUUUGUGAUGCAACACAAGAGCGACAAGAUGCAAUGUAUAAGUUGGUCGAUGAAAAUGUGGAUCUUAUGUUAGUAGUUGGUGGUUGGAACUCAAGCAACACGUCACACCUUCAAGAAAUUUCAGAGGACCGUGGGAUCCCCUCAUAUUGGAUUGACAGUGAACAGAGAAUAGGUCCUGGAAACAGAAUAGCUCACAAAUUGAAACACGGGGAGCUGGUUGAGACAGAAAACUGGCUACCAGAGGGUCCCAUCACAAUUGGUGUUACAUCUGGUGCCUCCACACCAGAUAAGGUUGUUGAAGAUGUCCUUAUCAAGGUGUUUGACAUAAAACGCGAAGAAGCCUUGCAAGUAGCAUAAAUAUAGGUUCAUACAGGUGCAUCAGGUGAUGCUCAUUUGGUAGUACAAUAUUGUCAAUGUAUGAUUAAAACGGGAGACUCAUAGGAUCUGACAGUGUAAUCACAUGUUCCUUUGAAUAGUAAUGGUGCAUCUAACGAUGUAUCAUGAAAUGCGUGAUAUUAAUGGAUGUAUGUGAGUUUUCUAUAUUCCUGUGGCA